UCAGCUCCGUGCACCAGCUUUGUUGACGUUCGCCUGAAGGGUUAGCAUGCUGCCUAUGUUAGCCUGUAGAACUGGGCUGGAAGUCGACCUGUUAGACAGCAGAACCACAACACAACGGAAGAAAUAAAGCCGCAGAUGUGCGCAGUGGAGCUUCUUCAGGAGGAAACAGCUGAAGUUGUUCUCAGCGGUGUGUAGCUCAGCGGUCAACCAUGGAUUCGGCCCAGCAGCGUUAGCUCGGACUCGUUAGCUGACCGUCUGUUUCAGCUCCGCGCUUCAGAAAAUACAGUGAAACGAGACGCAGGACACAAUAAGAACAGCCAUGUCGAAAGUGGAGCGGCUGAACGCUCGGGUCGCCAAGCUGCUCUCGGCCGCCGUGCAAGAAGUGUUGGAGGCGGUGAGGGAGACGGUCUCGGAAUAUCAGGAAAAAACUGCCCGGACACAGAGAGAGAACGAGAGACUGCGGAAGAGGUUACAAGAGCUCCAGGACAAAUCCAACAGAAAUCGUGGAGGAGACCAUCCUGUUAGCCCAAGCCAUGAUUUGGUGAAAAGGAAUGAAACCGACUCUUUAUCGGUCAUGCAUGAGAGCAGCACUCAGACGAAUGGAGAGAUAAAACAGACAGUGGAUUGUUUUCUCAAUGGUGAUCAUCAGAACCGUGCACAUGGACCCAAAGAACCAGACACAAGUCCCAUUGACUCUGAGCCUCCUCGCCAAAGCCCACCUACGUUCUCUCACGAUUUAGAGCCGAAGGCGCAGCCCUCGACAUCAGGAUUCAACAUCAAAGCGGAAACGGAGCAUCGAGUAUUGGCGCCUGAGUGCUCCAAAUCGUCGGACUACAAUUCCCAUAAUGCCACGUCGGUGAAAAGGACAGACCACCAUGUAAGUCAAAAUUUCAGCAAAGAUGCACACAGUGUUGACGUCUUAACCGUCAACGAGCCCGCUUUGUCUUCUCAUGAAAUUAAAACGGAAGCGGAAUCGGACGGGUACACGGUUUACGCGCCUCAAGGUUUGGUUUUUGACACUGUAGCGUUUAACGCGAGUGGAGAACAGGCGGAACAACCUGGCGCCUCUGGACUCGUCCAGUUUGAUCUAAAUGGACCUUUGGAGAGGCUGACGGCCGAAGACAUGAACGACAUUAACGCUGCUUUAGAUGCGAGGAACCAGAGACACGACGAACUUCUGAAUGGUUUAUCCAUCAGAAACUUCCAUGAAAAACGCUUCUGCUGCCCCUUCUGCAGCCGCAGCUUCAGCCACGCGGGAGACUUUAAGAAGCACAAGAGGGUUCACACAGGAGAAAAACCGUAUUUAUGCACCGUGUGCGGCAAACGCUUCAGUCAGUCCGGCUACCUGAAGAUCCAUCAGAGGUACCACACGGGGGAAAGGCCGUACGGCUGCAGCCUCUGCGGAAAACGCUUCAGCCACUCCAGCAACUUCAGGAAGCACCAACAGACUCAUGUCGGCCAGAGUGUUUAGAAUCGGUGACUCGAUUUUGACCUUUUUAAAUGUGAAGUACUUUAUCGUCCUGGCUUAUAACUCUCAGGCUCAAAUCGCUCCAUACAAUAAGACUGAAUCACGAAUAUUUAAAAUUUGUGAUAUGCCAAGUACUGCAGUGUGACAUACUGCCAUAUAUUAUGAUUUAUUACUUGACUGCUUAUUCUGCCUCCAAAAGGAAACUUUCCUCUGUGUUAUCUAAUAAAGCUUGAACUUUU